AUGCUCUCCGCCGGCAUCCUCGAAUCCCGCCUCAACGCCCUCUACAACCAACUCGAAGGCCUCCGCCCCGACUCCUCCGACGCCGAACUCGUCGCCUUCGCCUCCUUCUUCGCCCAAGACUGCGUCGUCAACUUUGAAAGCAUGCGAGAGGCCAAGGAGCCGUCCCUCGGGCGAGACGGCGUCGUCGCCAAACUGCGCGACCAGAUGAAGCAUCUGUACCUCGAGCAGCGCACCGUCGUCAGCCAGGUGAUUAGCGAGUCCGACAUGCGCGUGUUUAGCGAGAUGAGGAAUCGGUAUAAUGUGCAUUCCGAGGUGCUGGAUGAUUUCCCCGAGACGCUGGUGGCGACAUUUGACGACGAGGGGUUGAUUACGAAUUUCUCGCUGUACGGCUGCAGAAGUCACAUCUUGAUCAUGAUCCAAAAGGCCACUGGUAACGGACCCUUUUCAGCGGAAGAAAUGACAAAAUGGUAG